ACUUUCUACAAUCAAGGUCACGAGAAUUGUGAGAAGGCAAUCAAACAUGGUGUUUGCACGUAUGAACAAUUUUAUCUUCAACUGUUUGAUUUGUGUAGAAUUUACCUGUUUAAAAGAUUUGAUUUGACCAAUGGCAAAAUGGAGUCAAAUGGAAAUAGCAGCUCAUCAGGGGGGUCUUCGGGUAGUGGCCCAAAAAUUAUGGUCUUCCGUCCUACAAUGGAAGAAUUCAAAGAUUUUCCAAAGUACAUCAAUUACAUAGAGUCGCAAGGAGCUCAUAAAGCAGGCUUAGCAAAGGUUAUUCCACCUCCAGAAUGGAAACCAAGGAGAAAGGGUUAUGAUGAUAUUGAUAUUACGAUACCUGCACCAAUAAGUCAAAUGGUUAAUGGAUGUCAAGGCUUGUAUACACAAUAUAAUAUACAAAAGAAACCAUUGACUGUCGAAGAGUUUAAAAAGCUAGCCAACAGUGAUAAACACAGAACACCAAAACAUUUUGAUUACGAGGAAUUGGAGAGAAAGUAUUGGAAGAAUAUAACAUUUGGUGCUCCAAUCUACGGUGCAGACAUAUCUGGAUCAAUAUAUGAUGAAGAUCAGAAUAUCUGGAAUAUCAACCGACUAGGAACUAUAUUAGAUUAUGUAGCAGGAGAUUAUGGUAUUCAUAUCGAAGGGGUUAACACAGCCUAUUUGUAUUUUGGUAUGUGGAAAACAACUUUUGCGUGGCAUACAGAAGAUAUGGAUUUAUACAGUAUUAAUUACCUCCAUUUUGGUGCUCCGAAAUCUUGGUAUGCUGUUCCACCGGAACAUGGUAAACGUUUGGAACGUCUAGCUCAAGGUUUUUUCCCAGGAAGUUUUCAAGCUUGUCCUGCAUUUUUACGUCAUAAAAUGACCCUGAUAUCUCCUCAUAUUUUACGUCAAUAUUCUAUACCCUUUAAUAAGAUUACCCAAGAAGCUGGUGAAUUUAUGAUAACAUUUCCCUAUGGUUAUCAUUCCGGUUAUAAUCAUGGUUUUAAUUGUGCUGAAUCAACGAACUUUGCUACAGAACGCUGGAUAGAAUAUGGUAAAAGAUGUCUACAGUGUGUUUGUAGAAAAGAUGGUGUUAAGAUUAGUAUGGAUUGUUUUAUUAAGAGAUUUCAACCAGAUCGUUAUCCAUUAUGGAAGGCAGGAGAAGAUAUUGGUCCUCAUCCUGAAGAUAAAUACAAGAGAAACAUUAGAUCAGGAGAACCUGACAAUGCAUCUGGAACUGUUUCUAAAAGACAUCCUGUAUCUAAAACUUUUGAGGAUGGUUCUGUCAAGAAACGGGGUCGAAAGCCUAAAGGUAUUGAUAUCAAGGUAGAAGAGGGUGUGGCUACUGAAGUAGAAAUUGGUACAGAGACAGAAGAGGGAACAAAUGCUAAAAAGAAGAAAGUCAAAGAUGAAAUAAAAAAUGAAGAUAAUGAUGGGGAAGUUAAAGAAAACAUAAAGAAGAAUUCGCUUUCCAAAAGAAAGAUUGAUAAAUAUGAUAAAAUUCCACAAAAGAGUAGCAAAGCUUCAAAUUCAUCUUCCUUCCAGGAUGCAUUUGCCAAACAAUUUGGUAUUGAUUUAAACAAAGUCAAGUCACCAGAUAAAUGCCAGAUGAACAGUCCUAAAGUUGAAUCCUCUGACACUGAAAAUAACCCAGAUGCAGGAGCUAAAGCAGAAAUUGACCCUGCUCUUCCACAAGACAUGCUUUCUGUCCAAACAAAUAUAGAACCACCAAUAAAGAAAGUGAAGAAAGCUGUUGUAAAGAAAGUGGCACUUAAAGGUCAUCAAGGUCCAGCUGCUAUCCCUCUGGAUACCAUACGAUUUGUGAAUUCUCUACAGGCACAACAGCAGAGAAUUGGGCAUCCAGUAGUGGUUCAACCAAAUGUACAGGACAAUACUAGUCAAAUGUUGUCACCUAGACAUGAACCUAUCUUGGCAACAUCAAUGAGUUCACCACUUAGUUUAGAUCAAACAAUUGCUGCUGCUCAGGCCAAAUUGUUCUCUUCCCCGGGUGCAACAAGUUGUAAAACAUCUCCAAGGAGUUAUCAGGAAGUGUCACCAAGAAUGUUACAAUCCAAGGUUUAUAGCCUGAUGUCUAGUAAAACUCCGCUUAUGUACGAUAAUUCUCAAGGCACAGCCCUCAAUUUAGUGAAACCCAAAACUAAUAACGAAAACUUUAUGAAGCUUUACAAAGAUCAUAAUUCAGAAAAUGGCAGUACACAGUUACGAACUGUAACCGCGACCCAAGGCAGCAGCAUGUCAACAUGUAUGUAUACACAAAAUAGUCAUAUUCCAAAUAAACCCAUAGACGAAACCAGAUAUAUUGAACCGUCAUCCAGACAAACACAUCCUGCUUCUGGUACAACCGCAUCUAAUGUAGCUGGUAUGAAUCCACAAAUACAAGUAACUGCUCAAGCACUUCAUAUUCAGAAACAGAUUAGACAAGUUCUGGCGCAGGGUUAUUAUGAGGUCAGUGGUAAAAGAGUUCCUCUUACAGUUGAACAGCAACAACAGUUACGUCAAGCACUGGCAGCCCAGAUGGCUCAUAUCCACAGAGCUGCUCGCAUCACUGCUUUACAGAAAAGCACAGAAAGCCAUGGUUCAGUUGUAGCUCCAUCAUCGUCAAUAUCAACCAUACAAAAUAGGUCACCUCCAAUGGCGCAUUCUCAGUCUUAUGUUUCAUCUCAUGUGGAUCAAUCUGCUCGACAAAUAAAAUCACAAAAUCAUCAUUCAUACGCGUCACAAGUACCGUCCAAACAGCCGUCAUCUAAUAAUAAUACACCACGCUUUAUAUUACAAGGUGUGUCUCAAUUACAACCAUCUUCCUCUAGCUACAUCAAGAUGGAUGACGUGCCUGCUUCAUCAUCAUAUUGUGUGAACAUGGACAAAGUUUUGCCAAUGACAACUAAUUAUAUGAAAAUGGACGUAACGUCGCAACCGAAAACUAGUCAUUCGAUGACGGUGAAAUCCAAGGGAAAAACUCAGCCAGUGACUGUUCAAAUUCCUCAGGAUUAUAGUGUAUCAUUAAAUAGUGCUAAUAAUAAUUAUAAUAUCCCACGAACUACAAUUACAGGUUCGUCAGGCUUACCGUUAAAACAUAGACCAAUGAAAAAAUCUCCUAGGAGUGAUUUUCAACUUUCGUUAUCACCAACACAGACCAUAACUUCAAAUUAUCAAUCAAUGCAGUUAAUCCCACAACCUAUAGUUCCGAGUUCGCAAGUUUCCCCACCUCAUUUACGGAAACAGGACUUAUCUCCAGGUGCUUUACACAAUUAUGCUUUGCCACCAGAUAUAACUGCAAGUGUUAAUCCUAAUCUAGUAUUAGCUAGUGCAGCUAUCCCUAGUCACUCCUCGCACAGUGGUUUUAAUAGUACAUGUAGUGUUAGUAGUGAGAGUUUAUCAGCUCAAGCAGCAGUAGCAUCAGGCAGCAGUAGUAUGUCAGCGACUGAUCCAAACCUGAUGGUCCCAUCUCUAUACUCAGGUAACAAGGAUGGUACAACUACGGAUGGCCCACCAGAUAUUACUGGUAAACAAACGGAUAUCACUAAAACAAAGAAAAAGAAAACUGUAAAUAAGAGUGGAAAUACAUCUUUAAAAUCUGAAUCUAAGUCCCCCAUCUUAACUUGUGAGAAACCAAGGAAAAAACAGAAAAAUAACAGUACUGAUGAUGAGAAUUCCACAGAAACUACUAAACCAUCUAAAAUCAAGAAAGCUGUAUUAACAGUAAAUGUGAACUUAUUAGAUGACUGGGCUCAUCCAUUUCAUCGAUUAUGGCAAGAACAGCUAUUAGAUUUUGAAGCUGAAGAAAUCUUUAAUACCAUUAUGUCCAGGAGAGCUCCCUUCUGUUCAGUAUGCUCUGUCUUUAAACCAUUUGACCAUGAGAGAUUUACUUUAAAUAUAUCCAAAGAAUCUAUGACCGAAGCCUUAUCUAAUCCUGUACCAGAUAAAACACUACCAAUGAUACCGGAAGUUGUAUUUGCUAGUAGUGCUGAAAGCGAGAGUAUAUUUGGUGGUCAUCCAUCUAUGGAUUCUGAUGGUCUCAGUCCGUUACUUGUAUGUGAAGAUUGUCAAGUUUGUGUACAUGCAAGUUGUUAUGGUGUCACAGAUGCUAAAACAGAUAUCUCAUGGAGAUGUGACAGAUGUCAAUCAAAUAGUAUUGAUGCUGAAUGUGUCCUGUGUUAUUUACGCGGUGGUGCAUUAAAACAAACUACAGAUGACAAAUGGUGUCAUCUUGUCUGUGCACUAUCUAUUAAUGAUGUCAAGAUAAGAAAUGUUAUGGAGCGUCAACCUAUUGUGAUAGAUCAUAUUCCUACAGCUAGAUAUAAACUGAAAUGUAUGUAUUGUCUACCAAUGACUAAGAAUUGGGGUAAACAUACACCAUGUAUGCAGUGUUCACAUGGUAAAUGUACAUCAGCUUUCCAUGUAACGUGUGCGUAUGCUGCUGGUAUGGUGUUUGAAACCAGUGAUUGGCCUCAUCCAGUUUAUAUUACAUGUUCUAAACACACAUCUAAACAGAUCAAACCGAAGAAAACUGACAGAUUAAAUAAUGGUGAUUGGGUAUUUGCGAAAUAUAAAAAUGGCCGUUAUUACAGAGCAGAAGUGGUGGAUGUAGAACGUCAUAUGUAUUAUGAAGUAGAUUUUACCGAUGGUUCCUUCAGUGAUAAUUUAUUCCCAGAAGAUAUAGCGAACUAUAAUUGUGAAGAACAUGGUCCACCACCAUUAGGAGCUAGUGUACAGGUUAAAUGGACAGAUGGAGAUACAUAUGAUGCUAUAUUCAGAGGAUUAAAUUGUCAAGAUCUAUACACAAUUGAAUUUGAGGAUUCAAGUCAAGUGAUAGUAAAACGUGGUGAUCUGUGGACAGAAGAUGAAGAUAUUCCUAAAACAAUCCGAGCUAAAAUGUCAACAGCCACUGAAAGAAAGUUUAAUAUGUUUUAUUCUGAUGUAGUACCUGGCGGUCGACGACCAAAACCUAAAGUAUCAUAUAGAGACAUGCUCGAUGCCAUGAAAGCUAAUAAAUAUUGAAGCACAUCAGUGGAACUUAUCUUAGAAAACAAUAUGAUGGGACCCGUAUUUAUUUAUUAUUAAUCGAAAUCUUCACAUUAAAAAACCCCAUUGAAACAGUGACUAAAGUUAUGUGGAAAUGGGUUAGUGAAUGGACUGCAAUUUAUUAACCAUUUCCUGAACAAUAUUGCUGGAUGGAAAUUCAAAGUGAUAGACACUGUAGAAAAAACACAUAAACUAAACUUUUAAUAUGAAAGUGAACACUGCCAUGUAUAGUUUUUGUGAGUUUAGAAAUGGUGGUUUACUUAGAUCUUGCUUGAAAAAUGCUGAACAAAGACAACAAGAAUAACUCAAGCAUAUAUCAGUACUGUUUUUUUGAUCCCGGGAGGUAUUACAGUCAGUUUGAUUUGUAAAUAAUGAAAUGGUUUAUAACGGAACACUUUUUAACAUUGAACAAUUGGUUCAGUAAAAGAGAAAAUUUCUAAUGGAAUUCUCAGCUGUUGUUAAAACUUUAACAUAAUUUUUUGUUCUAUAUUUAAAACUUGUAUGAAUUAAAAUUGUUAUAUUGUUGUUAAUUACAUCAGAAUUGUUGAAUUAAUUUAAACAUUUUUUUGAAAUAAGAAAAGGAUAAUACUAAUUUGAGUAAGUUUUCAUUCUUGGAGGGAUAUUUUAUUUUUUUUAAAAGGCAAUUUAGAUUAUCUACAUGUAUUACUUCAUAAUCUGUAAAUUAUAAAUUUAUCCUCAACUAUAGCACGUUUUUAGAGAAUUUCUUUGAUAAAUUAAAGAGACAUUCUCACUUUCAACCAGAACAUAUAUGUAAAUAACUUCACAUCGAGUAAUAUCAUUCUCAAAAUAUCCUGAUUAUAAAAAAUCCAAGCAGUGGCCAACUUAGAACAAAGCAUUGUACUGUUUAAAAUCAAAAUGUGUAGAAUUCAUAAUAUCAAUCCUUUUAAUGUCUAUGCAUGUAUCUCGGCAGCCAAUCAGCAGAUUUAUUUCAUGUCAAAUUUAAAAUAAUCAAAAACAUUGUUCCCCCAUAGUGAGGGUGUCUCUUUAAUUAAGUAAAAGAUUUUAAACAGAAAACUGUUGACAGUGAGACAUUUAUGUCCGGGUGACAUAUUUCAUACAUCUUAUGGUGUACCAUAGAAAACAUUUAUUUUAUUACAACCCUCUCCUUAUUUCCAUUUUCUAAAACAUGUUCUCAUUAAAAAAACCAAAACAUUCCAAGUUAAUUAAGGGUCAGUUAGUUUGGUCAUUUGACUGUUAAGUUUAUGAAUGGAUUGAAUUAAUCAUAUUUCAUUAAUCAUAAUUUGUACAUCAAUCUGCACCUUUUAUUUAGUUAUAUUAUCUAAACCAUGUAGUUCAAUAUUAAACGUGGGUCAGAAGAAGUUGGAAUAACAAAAUGGAUUAAUUUGAUUUUUCACACAAUUGAUUAACCUAAAUUUAUUAAUGAAUACCAGCUAUUUCUGUCCCAACUUUUAUUAACAGAUAUUUGUGAACAUGCUACCUAUUUUAUACUGUUUUUUUAUAAUAGAUGUUUUCUCUAGUAGAUAAGGUUCAGAAUGUAGUUAUAAAAUAAUGUAUUGUAAUAAGUUAUUGAACAAAUAUAUUGUAUUUAUUCCUUUA